UGUGUGUGGAGGGGCUGGGAGCGGAGGAGGGGGUACAGGGGGUGCUCCUGGCAGAAGAUGCUCAAAGUUCCCCCGGCUCAAGUCGGACCCGCCCCUGGACAAGGCCGAGCCAAUUAGCAAUGGCGUCGCGCUUUGAGACAAGGGAUUUAAACAGGGGAAGUUGGGAGGAGGAGGAGAAAGAGGAGGAGGAAGAGGAGGGGGGAGGGAAAUAGCCCUGGAAAGACUGAUCGAGAGGAAGGACGACACGAGGCGGGGAGUGCUCUGAGCAGAGACUGCCCUGCACCCGUGGAGCCCCACGGGGGAGCAGAUGCCCCCCCAGAGCCCCUGGGAGGGACCCAGGCGCUGGGACAGAGGAGCAGAAGGAGGAGCAGUGCCAGCCCAGGGAAGAGCAGAGAGGGAUGCUGCAAGGGCCCCAAGAGGAGCCCCAGAGCCCCACGGUGGCCGUGGAGCACGAUGGCCAACAGCAGCCCCGUGAUACCCCGGGGAGCCGCAGAACAAGAACACCCCGAAAAUGCUCUUUCAAAGGGACGGGUGGUGAAGACCCUCAAGAAGCCUCAACCCAACCCCAGAGCAGCCCCAGAGAGAAGAAGUACAAAUGUGAGGACUGUGGGAAGGUCUUUGCUAGUAGCAGCAACCGGACCCGUCACCGAUGGAACCACAUGGCAGAGAAGCCCUUCAAGUGCCAGGAUUGUGGGAAAGGCUUCACACUGAGUACGUACCUCCUGAAUCACCAGAGAGCACACACCAAGGAGAAGCCCUUUGUCUGCACCACGUGUGGGAAAUGCUUUUCCUGGCCCUCGAACCUCCAUGUCCACCAGCGCGUCCACACAGAAGAGAGACCAUACUCCUGCUCGUGCUGCGGGAAGACAUUCAGGCAGAGUGAUUCACUCAAACGGCAUCAGGAAUCCGUCCAUAAUGGAUUGAAUGGUGAAGAACCUGAAGAAUCCACAUCCCAACCGCGGAGUAGCUCCAGAGAGGAGUUCAAGUGUGAGGACUGUGGGAGGGUCUUCACCUGGAGAAGCAGCCUGAGUCGUCACCGACGGAUCCACACGGGAGGGAACCUCUACCAGUGCCCGGAUUGUGGGAAGAACUUCACGCUGAGAGAGAACCUCCUGCGUCACCAGAGGAUGCACACCAAGGAGCAGCCUUAUCUCUGCACCACGUGUGGGAAACGCUUCACCUGGCAGUCAAACCUCAUCACCCACCGACGCAUCCAUACGGAAGAAAAACUUCACGCUUGCUCGCAGUGUGGGAUGAUGUUCCAGAAGAGUUGUCAACUGGAGAGCCAUCAGAAAUCUGUCCACAAUGUCCAAAAUGGGACGUCUGCUGAACAUCUUCAAGAAUCUACAACCCAACCACGGAGGAGAUGCCGACAGAAGAAGUGCAAGUGUGAGGAGUGUGGGAAGGUCUUCAUGUCUGUGAGCAGCCUGAGCCGUCACCGCAAGAUCCAUAUGGGAGAGAAGCCCUUCAAGUGCCAGGAUUGUGGGAAGAGCUUCACGGAGAGCGGGAGCCUCGUGUGUCACCAGAGGACGCACACCAAGGAGAAGCCCUUUCUCUGCACCACCUGCGGGAAACGCUUCUCCUGGCGCUCCAACCUCCUUGUCCACCAACGCACCCACACGGGAGAGAAGCUGGACGCCUGCUCCCACUGCGGGUUGACCUUCCGGCAUGGUGAUCACCUCAGGAGGCAUCAGGAAGCCGUCCACAAUGGUGAGUCCUUGGGUGGGUUUAACCCCGUAUCACGUCAUGCUCAGUAAUAACAUGGAGAGGAGGGAUUCUGGGGGCAGGUCU